AUGUUGUACAGCUUCUACUCCCCAAAAGGAAGAUUGAUACGUGUACCAUCGCAAGAUAUAACUUUGGUCGAUAAGCAUUUGAUAUUAGCCUGGUUUGUACUUCCCCCUUCUAUGUUUGGAUUGAAAUCAUUCAUGACACAUGUUAUUAGGGUUACAAACAUCAUACUCGCUGUAUUAGCACUUCUACGCUUCUCAGAAGCAGUAGAAUUAUCCAAAAGCGAGAAAAUUAAUGUACCAGCAUCAUUUCUUCCAGAUUGGAAAGCAAAAAAACAACGCUCAGGUCGAGGCGGUCAAAGAGACAUAAUUCUGCCGACUAUUAAUUCCAAGAGGCAGCGUAAAAGCGUCAAGUAUUAUGAGAGCGACUCUCCUUCUUCUUCUUCACCUUCAUCAGACGAUGUCUUUGAUGUGGCUCAACGAAGCUCUCCUGUCCGGACAGAUCCCACAUCAGCCCAAGAUGAGCGAAAGAAGAAACGAGUAAGACCUGCAGGCUACUUCACCCAUAAAGAGCUGGCAAAACGCACUGCAAGAAGAUACGUGAGUGAAGGUAGAUUUACCAACGAAAAGAGUGCAAUGAAAGCAGCUUGGAAUGAUAUCCGAGAGAAGAAAAGAGCGGCCGCACUGGCAAGGCGAGCAAGACUGAAAGAGAUGGGAAAAAAAGAAAGGAAAUUUCGGAGACCAGGUUACAAUUCACGAGAAGGAUUAUUGGUCGAAAAAUUACAAGGAUCUUAUCUGGGAAGAAUAAUAUAG